AUGGAGUUCCUAAUCUCCCUAAUCGGCAACGUGUUCCAGUUUUUUCCAUCCCUCGUUCCCAGGCCCGGCUACUGCGUGCGCUGCGAGUACCACGUCGGCCAGCUCCGGGCCGAGGCCAGGUGGUUGAAGAGCAAGCGCGACGACGUGCGCAAGGAAGUGAGCUUGGCGGAGAGGAAGGGGAUGGAAGUGACCAACCUGGUAAGCCAGUGGCAGGACGACGUGGCGUCGCUGCUGCCUCGUGCGGAUGAGAUCGUCGCGGACCUGCAGAGGGAGCAGGGCGCCGUCGGCGGGUGGUGGCGAGCCCCGCGGGCGUACUACCGCCUGGGCAAGCGGGCCGCCGAUGCGCGGGCGAAAGUCGUCAGCUUGCUCGAGCAAGGAUCCACCUUUGAGAGGCUAGCCGCGCCCGUGUUCAUCCGCACGGAGGUGCUCCCGGUGACGACGACCCCGUUGAUUAGCCCGGAUCCCCUUCUGGCGCGGCUCCGCGAUGCUUUCCUGGAGGAUGCCGGGAGCGUCAUCGGCAUCUACGGCAUGCCGGGCGUCGGCAAGACCACGCUGCUGCGCCACUUCAACAACACCUUCCUCUCGGCGGUCGCGGUGUCCAUGGGCAUAGACCUCGUCAUCUAUGUGGAGGUCACCGAGGACUACAGUGCGGCCGCGGUCCAGAGGGCUAUCAUGGGUCGCCUGGGUCUCCCGUGGGACGACGACAGGACCACCAAGGAGAAGGCACUCGCGCUCUUCACCUACCUCCACAAGUGGAACUUCGUGCUCCUCCUGGACGACGUGUGGAAGCCCCUGAACCUCGAUGAGCUCGGGGUCCCUGUCCCCGGCUGCCAGGGCAAGAGCAAGGUUCUGCUCACGACGCGUCUCGAGCAACUGUGCGACCAGAUGGAGACCAGACCUCUGGCUAAGGACAUGGUGUCAAUGUGUGGUGGCCUGCCACUUGCGCUCACGACGGUUGCACGAGCCAUGGUGUGCAAGAGGUUGACGCAGGAGUGGGAUCAUUGCAAAGCACUUCUCAAUCUGGCGCCAUGGCAGCUCGAGUGCUUCAAGGACAGCCUCCUCACCAGCUUGAAGAGGAGCUACGACAACCUGUGGAACGAUGACCUCAGGGGCUGCGUCCUGUAUUGCUCCCUGUUCACGGGAGAGUUGCUCAAGGAAUCACUUGUGGAGCGCUUGAUAGCAGAAGGAUUUGUGAGUGAUUUUACAACCGAUGACAUGGAUAAUCUCUACAACAAAGGCCAUUACAUGCUUGGCGUUCUGGUGACCUCCUCUCUACUAGAAGCAGCCGGUGACUACCAUGUUAAGAUGCACCCCAUGGUUCGCGCCAUGGCCUUAUGGGAAGCUACAGAUCGUGGCAAGAUGGAGAACAAAUGGCUAGUCCGAACAGGUCCUCAUACAAGUGCAGCACCCCCGGCCAAGAGAUGGAGCAGCGCAGAGAGGAUAUCGUUGACGCGCACUGAUAUCCGCGAGCUGAAUGAAACACCAACGUGCUCCAUUCUGAAAACGUUGCUUCUUCAGAGCAACCGGUUUCUAGAGAGAAUAUGCCACGGUUUCUUUAGCUUCAUGCCUUGUCUCAGAUUGCUAGACCUGUCACGUACUCAGCUUACCACAUUGCCAUCCGAAAUCAAACUGCUUGUCACCCUGCAGUAUCUUUGUCUCAACGACACAUCUAUCCAUUCCCUUCCAGAUGGGAUUGGGGCUCUGGUGAAUUUGAGGUUCCUUCUGCUGUCCAAUGUACACAUCGAGAGUGUUGCUGUGGGUGUGCUCAACCUACUUACUGCUUUGCAGGUCCUAUGUAUGGAUCACUGCCACAGCAGCUGGAUCGACGUCGACAACCGUGAGGUUGAACCAAGUAGCUCAAGAAAAAAAAUCAAGAUGCAACCCGAGCAAGGGCAAGGCGUCAAUCUUCGUGAACUAGAGAGCUUGAAAAAUCUGCAUAUACUUGAUAUAGCUGUGCAAACGCGCAGCUCUCUGGAGAAGCUGUCACUGUCUCCCUAUCUUGCAGAGCGAUUGCGGAAUCUGCACAUAAAGGACUGCAGUGAAUUGGAGACCCUACAGUUUUCACCUUCGAGCCUCUGGAGAUACAUGAAUAAAUUGAAGCGCAUCAACAUUACUGGCUGUUGCAAUCUGGGGGACGUGCUCGUUGCGGGAGGUGAAUACAGCUACGAGCAGCUCUGUUCAUCUGAUUCGGUUAUCGGUAUGAGACGUAUAGAUGUGCCAAAUGUACCAGUGGACAUUGACAAUUGGUUUGGUUCCCUUACCUUGACCAAGAAAAUGAACGCUAUCAGACUAAAGAGCUUAGAGCGCGCCAAGCCAGUGGCACUUCUGCCUUCUCUCCAAACUAUCAUCCUUCAUGACCUCCCUAAGGUGAAGCUUGUCUGGCAGUGUGGCACUCUCGAGCAAUUAUGCUCCUUGAAAAUUUCAUCCUGCAACGGUCUUGAACAUCUUGUAUACUUCAGCGAAGAUAUAAGGAUGGCGGGUGAGGGAGCGUCAAGCCAACAACCCAUUAUCAAGACUAUCUUCCCAAACCUUAAGGAAUUAGAGCUGGAAAACUUGGCAAGGAUGAGGAGUAUAAGCCCAGAAAAUAUUACAAUGGAUUUCCCACAUCUGGAGAAACUCAAAGUCGUUAGAUGCGAUAAGCUCAAGAAGCUCAAGCUGGUGGCAGGAUCCCUGAGAGAACUCCAAUGCGCACAGUGGUGGUGGAAUGCGCUGGAAUGGGACAAUGAGAACCACAAAUCGGCCUUCUCUGCUUCAGUGAAAAGCUUACAGUAA